CUCCAAAAAAAAAAAGAAAAAAAGACAUCGCUUUCUCCAUCAAUCAAUUAUUGAAAGCUAUUAUUGGUGACUUGCUCUAAACUUCGCAAAUUGGAGGCAACUUCCUAUAAUCGUUCCUAUAUCCUAAUAAUCAAGUUCGGAAGUUCCUAUAUAAUCUCUGGAGUCUGGAGUCUGGAGUCUGGACCUUUCAUCUGCAAAUAUAAAAUUGUACAUAAAAGCCGAGGCGAAGCAGACUCUAGGGUUUGCAUAUUUGCUUCACCAAAAAAGAUUACAUCGUCAGCAAAGAGAAGGCGAGAAAUUUCUAUCUUUCCACCUCGAAGUUUUAAAGGGAUCCAAGAUUUUGCACUGUAUGCAUCAUGGAUGCAUCUUGAAAGAUAUUCAAGGCAAAUGAUGAAGAUAUACGGGGAUAAGGGGUCUUCUUGUCUUAUGCCUCUUGAAGAUCCAACUUUCAACAAGAUGCCUUUCAAAUUGUCUAUAUUCAAUACGAUUUUUGCCUUUUUAAGGAACUACCAUGGUGUAUCAUGUGACGGAAUAAGCAACAAUACAGGGUGUGUGGCUGUUGAUAACCCAUUUGAUUCUGCAACGAACACUGUUGAGUCACAACCUCCAACUAAGCGCAGGAAGGUGCAGACAUCCCUGCGCGUUAACUCUGAGUAUGUUGAUAAAAUCGUUGGUUGGUUAGCAGACGAUCAGAUUACCAGCAUUGGCAUCUAUGGGAUGGGCGGGAUUGGUAAGACCACUCUUGGACUGCAGCUCCACAAUUGGAUUCGCAACCAUGGCAUCCCUUCUACAGGUAUUCAUGCUAUUGCUUGGGUAUCUGUGGAAAUGGAUAUCACAGUGUACCAAUUACAGCAAAAAAUUGCUGAUGCUAUUAGGCUUGAUCUUCAAGGUGAUAAGGAUGAGAAUAGAAGAGCAUCUAUGUUACAUGCCUUUCUGUCACGGAACGACAAGUUCAUACUCUUCCUUGAUGAUUUGUGGGGUGCUUUCCGUCGAGAGGAUAUUGGGAUUCCCUAUGAGUGCAAGCUGAUUUUGAUUUCUCGAUUGCUGGACGUUUGUCGUACCCUACAUUGCCAGAAAAUCAUCAAGGUUGAGCCACUAUCAGAGGAAGAAAGUUGGCAGCUGUUUCACCAUAACAUUCAAAAAGGUUUUCCAGAUCCCAAAGAAGUGUCCUCUGUUAGGAAGCUUGUGUAUAAUGAGUGUGCAGGUCUGCCGCUUGCUAUCACUGUGUUGGCCAAUAGCAGUAAGAGGGGGGUGGUUACUCCUAUGGGACCGACCCAGUUGGAUGAUGUGUUCAGUCGAUUGCAGUUGUCUUAUAAAAGAUUGAAUAACGUCAAAGUGCAGCGUUGUUUUUUGUAUGCUGCAUUAUAUCCCAAAGGUUAUGCCAUCAGUAAAGAAGAGUUGAUACGUGUUUGGAUUGGAGGGAGGCUCAUAGAUGACGUGCCAUCUUUGCAGGUACAAUAUGACAUGGGUUAUACUGUGUUGAACAAGCUUCUUAACUCUUGUUUAUUGGAAACUUGUCAAGAUAAUAGGAGCGUUAAGAUGCAUGAUCUUGUUAGACAUAUGGCUCUUUCCAUUGCUAAAGAUGAUAACUUUGUGGUAAAAGCUGAUGCAACUUCGAUAUUGGAGUGCUGCGGGAAUCUUCAUGCUGUUUCCUUGAUAAAUACUUCAAUCGCAUUGAUCCCAUCGGGUACUUCCCUGAAGUGUACCAAUCUCAAAACUCUGCUUUUGCAAAACAACCCUGUCGAGGUAAUCCCAGAAUCAUUUUUCUUGGACAUGCAUGCGCUGCGUGUUCUAAGUCUAUCUGCUACUAGUGUUAUUAGACUGCCUACUUCCAUUAGUUCCUUAGAAGAGCUGCAAGUCUUAGAUCUUAGUAGCUGUCAGAAGUUGAAAGAAGUGCCUCAGUUAGCAAAGCUUCAUAAAUUAAGGUUUCUGGACCUAUCUCAUACUGCACUUGAGCAAAUUCCUCGCUCUCUUGAAAUGUUAAAAAGGCUCGUGGAGCUUGAUUUGUCCUUUAUUCAUGAACCAAAAAUAUUUCCCAGGGGGAUCUUGCUUGCUCUGUCUAGUUUGAAGAGGUUAUCCUGCAACGUUUUGGGCAUCAUUCAUGAGUUGCAAAAUUUAGAAUCAUUGGAGAUUCUUGAUGCCAAAUUUGAGUCUCUUUUUGACAUGAGUGUUUACGUAAAAUCCGAGCAUUGGCGCAAACUAGAGUGCUUCCAUCUGCAAGUUGGAAAUCAGAUAACGCCAAAGAGAUUCUACAGCAGAGCAGUAUCCCUGCAUAGCUGUACCUUAAGUGGUCAAGGGGGAGAACGGUUUGUGCUUCCAUAUGACAUUCAGGAGUUGUAUCUUGAUGAUUGCAGUGGUUUCUCUAGCCUAUCUGAUAUUAUAAGUCCUGCAAAUGCUUAUGGUCUUCAACAAGAAGCUGAAGCCUUUUCAAGCUUAGAAAUUUGCAGCAUCAGUAGGUGCAAUAAUAUUGAGCAACUUCUUGCACCAGGUCAGAUGCCAAACCUUCUCCAGUCCCUUGAAAUCUUAGAGGUUGAAGAAUGUGAGCAACUGAAAAAGCUACUUGUUGAGGACGUCAGCCUUCCCGAGCUUAAGCAACUCAUUCUUACUUCCUUGCCUCAACUGAAUGGCGUCUAUAAAGGUCGACUUGUUUGUACCUCACUUCAGUCACUUACAGUUAUGGAUUGCCCAAAUAUGAAGCGCCUUCCAAUUUUCAACACAGAUAAUGUUGAAGAUCAAUUCGUUCCUUCUACUAUAGAGUGGAUUGAGGGACAACAGAAAUGGUGGGAGUUGUUAGAAUGGGAUAAGUCGGAAUCUAAAGCGUUGCUCCAACCCUUCUUUAGAUGCAGAUCUUCCAUAGAUUUAUGCUAGUCAAAGGAGUGAGAUGAUAUGUAUCUUCCAUUCAUAUUCGGCAUUCACUGGCACGAAAACAAUUGGGGUUUCAGGUCGAAAACAGGGACAAGUUUCUACAUCUUCCCUCUCGACCGAGUCAUAUCAGAGGAGCGAGUACCAAGCUAUUGCUUCCUACUGGACUCUACAAAUUUGUGACAUUGGUUUGGCCUACUUACCUUUCUCUUCAUAUUCUUUAUCCCAUUGCUCAAUGCGUUCUUUAAAAAUCAGUGGUUGUUUGGUUGACAUUGAUCUAUAUUGGAAGUCAAGUACCUGAAAAAUGAAAAAUUCUUAUGUUUAGUUGACAAAACACAAGAAGUAUUUCAUGGGAAUCCAUUCCCAUAGAAUUUCAUGUGUGCAACCAAACAAUUUUUUGCAUUUUUAUGAGUGGUACUUUCUACGUCUAACCAAACAACUACUUGAUUUAUACAUGGUUUGGAGGAAAAAGAAUAUGAACAAAUUUCUUUGAAAAUUAUGAUUUAAUGAAAAUCUAAAUUCAAAUUCCAGUUCUUUGAAAAAUGUGAUGUUCAUUCUUUUACAGCUUGUUUGGUAGAAAGAAUUUGGAAGGAAAAGAAAGGAAGUGGAAGGAAAUUUGUUACUUUGCAAUGUUUGAUUCAUAAAAAAAAAAUAAGUGAAAGGAAAUGGGAGGAAUUGGAAGGAAAGACUCUUUAAUAAAAUUUCACUUUCCUUUCCUCCCAAAAGUGGGGGAAUUUGGGAGGAAAGAGAAAAUUUAUACCAAACAUGGAAAGUUAAGGUUUUUUUUCCUUUCUUUUCCAUUCUUUUCUUUUCUCUUCCCUUCCUUUCUCUUUUCUUUCUUUCCCUUACUAAAAAUGAACCAAACACACUGUCAUUUUUCACUUUUGGAACACUAAGAAACAUUGUUUUUUUUAACAAAUUAGUGGAAGUUUUGAAACCUACUUUCCUUGAAAAUGAUUUACCUCCUAACUAAACUAGUCUUGGCUUGCUUUGAAGAUAGGAAAAAAAAAUCUUUUGUGCCGAGAAAAUGAGCACCUAAGAAUAAGGUGUGCAUUGUGUGCUCACCUUCUCUCUCGUUUUCCUCACAUUCAAGUGCACUGUGGUCUUACGUGCAUUGGAGGGCUUGUGAACUUUCCUUUUGGACUUGGAUAAGUUUCAAAGCCCAAACCAACCUAAUGUUGUUGUAAGAAUUUUUUUCUACAAAAGUGUAAAGUAGUUUACUUCCAAGUUUUUUUUUUCUUUCAUGUAAUAUGUAAAAUUUAUAUUAGCAUUAUAUUUUAUAAAAUUAUGUUCAUAAUAAAUAUAAGGAGUAACAGUCAAUAUAUGUAAAACACUCUCUUUUAGGAUAUAUAUUUAUAUAAAUAUUAUCUUAUUA